GCUUUUGAAAUUGGUACAGCUAAUGCGCCAAUCUAUAUUAAACACUGAAAAGAAUAUUGUUAUAAAGGGAAUAUUAUUUUAAUAUGAGUAUUAUAACGCUAAUAGAGGAAGCAUCAUUUUGUAAACGCGAUGUUUAUCUAUUUAUCAUAAUUCUUUUUUGUUUAGUUAUCUCUGGAAUUAGUGUGCUUCUAAACAUAUGUGUAUGUUUAAUAAUGGUUAUCUAUGGAGGAGAAAAAGAAUUCCAAUCACAGCUGAUUCAUAUUAUUGAUAAAGUUAGUCAAGUAUUCUAGAUAUUAUGAAGUGUAAUAUUUUAAUUUUUGCUAUUAGCUACCUUUGAUUUGCUAUGAUUGCAAAACUCCAUACACGAAAAUAUUUGAAAUAUAGUGACUUCGAUAUACGACAAGCAUGACUAAAAUAUUGCUGAAUAGAGUUCAAUACUUACCAAGUAGUUUUAUCAAAUUUAGCUUUUGCACAGCUCCUAAAUCUUUGCCAAUACUUCAAAUAAAAAAUAAAGAAUACCAAGCAGAUGAGAUUAGUAAUGUCACGCCUAAAAUAUUGUCCUACCUUAAUAGAAAUCUUCAUUUACAAAAGGAUCAUCCUUUGUCGAAGGUACGACAGAGAAUUGUAAAUUAUUUCUAUUCAUCAUUCACUCACAGAGGAAAUCCUGCCUUUAGUGUUUACGAUAAUUUAUCGCCAGUAGUAUCCACUAAGCAGAAUUUUGACGACUUGUUGAUACCAGAAGACCACCCCAGCAGGGCCAAGUCGGAUUGUUACUAUGUAAAUUCGACUACUUUGCUUCGAGCACAUAUGACAGCACAUCAGAGUGAGCUUUUAAAAGCUGGAUUAGAAAACUUCCUUAUGAUUGGUGAUGUAUACAGAAGAGAUGAAAUUGAUUCUACACAUUUCCCAGUGUUUCACCAGGUAGAUGCAGUACGGUCGCAAAGAAAAGAACAUUUGUUUGAAAAUCAUCCAGGCUUGGAGAUAUUUGAAACGACAUUUGAUCCAGAAACUCCACAUCUGUGCCAAAAUAAUAUUAUUGAUCCAGUGAAACAAAGCUGUCACACAUUAGAAGCGACUAAGUUGAUGGAGGCACAAUUGAAAAAUCACCUUGUAGGAUUAGUUAAAGUUUUAUUUGGUGAUGAAAUUCAACAUAGAUGGGUCGAGGCAUAUUUCCCGUUCACUCAUCCGUCAUGGGAGAUGGAAAUAUUCUAUGAAAAUAAAUGGAUGGAGGUUUUAGGCUGCGGAAUAGUGAGGAAUGAAAUUCUCGCAGCCAGCGGACCGAAUAACAGCAUAGCAUACGCAUUUGGGAUAGGAUUAGAAAGAAUUGCAAUGGCACUGUACAAAAUACCGGACAUAAGACUUAUGUGGAGUAAUGAUUCAGGUUUUUUGACACAGUUUCAGAAUAAGGAUUUAAAUGCCAAUAUAACUUACAAGCCAGUGUCAGUAUACCCUCAAUGUACAAACGAUUUAUCCUUCUGGCUGCCGCCAACAUUGACUGUGGAUACAUUUAUGAGCAAUGAUUUCUACGAUCUUGUCCGGGAUAUAGGUGGUGAUGUUAUAGAACAGGUGAAGCUGAAAGACAAAUUCGUGCACCCAAAAACAAAGAAGCAAAGUCUAUGUUACAGUAUUGUGUACCGACACCUGGAACGGACAUUGACACAAGCUGAGGUUAACAAAAUACAUAAAGAUAUUGAAAGAGCUGCUCAACAAGUUUUCGGCGUUCAAAUUAGAUGAAUAAAUAGUUGAUUAGA